UCCCAAUAACCAAUCUUUUAAAUAGAACCUCACCAUCUUUCUCUGUCUCCUGUCUCUGCAGUAUCUGUUCUCUCUUCAUCGAUUUCAUAUAAUCUCACAGUUUCUCAAAGAACCUCAAUUUAUAAAGAAGAAGAAGAAGAAGAGAAUGAUGAACGGUUGGAGAAGAGCGUUUUGCACUUCUUUACCUAAAGAGAGAGAAGCCGGAGGUGAUUCGCCGGAUAAUCACCGGCACCGGACAAAACCCACUUCUCGAUUCGGAUUUUUCUCCAACCCCUCCACUCCCCAAUCCGAGACCCCACCCGUUUCCGGCUCUAGACUCCGCUGCCGUACAAGGGCGGCCACUGCCGUCGCAACUCCGUCUCCGCCGCCGUACAGAAGUCCUGUCUCUCUCCUCGGCCUUUCUUCGAGCCCAUCCUCGCCGAAUUCUCCGGCGAGAUUCUCACGCCUCAAAUCCAAACUCGGCUUCGUCAAACAGAGUAGCAACAGAUGCGGAAUCUGCUCACAGAGCGUGAAGGCAGGGGAAGGGACGGCGAUUUUCACGGCGGAGUGUUCGCACUCUUUUCACUUCCCGUGCGUGGCCUCACGCGCCGGCAACCCCAAACCACUCGCCGAGUGUCCUGUCUGCCGUUCCUCGCUUCUCUCUCUGUCUGUCUCUCUCCAUGAACUAGGUUCUGCAAAUUGCCCGAAACCAGGCUCCGAAUCCGAGUCCAGGACGCAGGCCAAGAACAAGUCGUUGAGGGUCUACAACGACGACGAGCCCUUGAUUUCUUCGCCGAUCUCGCUUUCUGGUUUCAAUCCCAUACCUGAAUCCGAUGAAAAUGACAACGACGACGAGCAACAGAACGGCGAGUUCAACACAGCGUCACCGUUAACGGCGAAGUUGCUGACGGACCCCGCCUCCAGAAAUGUCGACGUAACGCUUUCGCCGGAGGCAGCCAUCGUGGCGGCGUCGAGGGGCUACGAGACUUUCUCGGUGAUGAUGAAGGUGAAGUCGCCACCGUUUCCGGCGGCGCGUGGGGUGACACGUAGAGCUCCAGUGGACUUGGUGACAGUCCUCGACAUGAGCGGGAGCAUAGUUGGAGGCAAGAUCGAGGUGCUGAAGCGCGCCAUGAGGGUCGUGAUAUCGUGUCUGCGAGAGACUGACCGUUUGUCGAUCGUCGCGUUCUCGUCGAGCUCGAAGAGGAUGUCCCCGUUGCGGCGGAUGACGGCGAAUGGCCGGAGAUCGGCCAGGCGGAUAGUCGAAGUCAUAGCCGGAACCGGCGGCAGCUCCGGCGAAGGGAUGAGCGUGAGCGACGCGCUGAAGAAGGCGGCGAAGGUCGUCGAAGAUCGGCGGCAGAAAAACCUCUUCGCCUCCAUCUUCGUAUUAACGGGCCGUCAUAGUGGCCAGGCCCAUGAGGCCCAAAUCUACGAAAACCUCCCCCGUCUCGUCGUCUCGUCCACGCGCUUCUCUCCUUUAGAAAUCCCUGUGCACACGAUCUGUCUCGACGGCGUCUGCGCGUGGCCUGAGGACGCGCUCGCAAAGCGCGUCAAUGGUCUGUUGAGCUUGUCCGUCCAGAAUCUGACGAUGGAGCUGGGGUUGGCCUCUGAGGGAGAGAUAACGUCCGUUUAUUCUCUGUCCGAUCUACCUAGUCGGCUCGGAUCCGGGUCGACCCGAUUGGGUGACAUGUACGCCGACGAGGAGAGAGAAGUGCUGGUGGAAAUGAAAUCGCCGACGGCCGGCGGACCCCACAGGACCAUGACCGUACGGACUCGUUUUGUGGACCCCACAACUCAGGAGAUAAUAAACUCCGAAAAACUAGAGCUUCUCAUCCCACGCACUCUAGCCGUUCGAUCGUCCAACCCGAGCAUCGCACGGCUCAGAAACAUCCACGUCAUCAGACGAGCCGCGGCCGAGUCUCGGAGGCUAGCGGCGCGCGAGGACUACGCGGAGGCUCGUCGAAUGUUGAUGUCAGCUCGAGCCCAGCUGGCGCAGUACGGAGUGAGCUCGUAUGACGCGUGCUUACGCGAGCUAGAUGCUGAGCUGGCAGAGUUGAAACGAGUGAGGGGAAGACACGUGGCGUGUAAGGGCUCGGACCAGGUGGUGCGGAAGGCCGAGCCGCUUACGCCGACGUCUGCGUGGAGAGCGGCUGAGAGGUUGGCUAAAGUGGCGAUCAUGCGGAAGCAUAUGAACAGAGUCAGCGACCUCCAUGGCUUCGAUAAUGCCAGAUUUUAGUUUUUUUUUUCUCUUUUUUUUUUCCAGUUAAUAAUUUUGUAAUGAUCUGAUACGUAGAGGAAACAGAUUGGUACAUACAAAUUUUAUGAACAAAUGUUUUUUUGGUCCGGCA